AUAUCAGCGUGGACCAUCCUGAUGAGAAGUCAGUCAUCACCUACGUGGUGACGUAUUAUCACUACUUCUCCAAGAUGAAAGCUCUGAAGGUGGAGGGCAAACGUAUCGGAAAGGUGUUGGAUAACGCCAUCGAGACGGAGAAGAUGAUCGAGAAGUACGAGUCUCUGGCCUCAGACCUGCUGGAGUGGAUCGAACAGACCAUCAUCAUCCUCAACAACCGGAAGUUCGCCAACUCUCUGGUCGGAGUCCAGCAGCAGCUUCAGGCCUUCAACACCUACCGAACCGUCGAGAAACCUCCAAAGUUCACGGAGAAAGGAAACCUGGAGGUUCUUCUCUUCACCAUCCAGAGUAAGAUGAGAGCCAACAAUCAGAAAGUCUACAUGCCCCGAGAGGGAAAACUCAUCUCAGAUAUCAACAAGGCCUGGGAGCGACUGGAGAAGGCGGAGCAUGAGAGGGAGCUGGCACUGAGGACGGAGCUGAUUCGUCAGGAGAAACUGGAACAGCUUGCCAGACGCUUUGACCGCAAGGCGGCCAUGAGAGAGACCUGGCUCAGCGAAAACCAGAGACUCGUGUCACAGGACAACUUCGGCUUCGACCUCCAGGCUGUCGAGGCGGCCACCAAGAAGCACGAAGCAAUUGAGACGGACAUUGCGGCGUACGAGGAGCGUGUCCAGGCUGUGGUUGCUGUGGCAAAGGAGCUGGAGGUGGAGCACUACCACGACAUCAAACGCAUCACAGCCAGGAAGGACAACGUGAUCCGGCUGUGGGAGUACCUGCUGGAGCUGCUGAAGGCCCGCAGACAGAGACUGGAGAUGAACCUGGGCCUGCAGAGAGUCUUCCAGGAGAUGCUGUACAUCAUGGACUGGAUGGACGAGAUGAAGAUGUUGUUGCUGUCUCAGGAUUAUGGGAAGCAUCUGUUAGGUGUGGAGGACCUGCUGCAGAAACAUGCCCUGGUGGAGGCUGACAUCGCCAUCCAGGCUGACAGGGUGAAGGCAGUCACCACCAACGCUAACAAAUACUCUGUGAGCGACGACGGCUACAAGCCCUGCGACCCUCAGGUCAUCCAGGACCGGGUUUCCCACCUGGAGUUCUGCUACCAGGAGCUCACCCAGCUGGCGGCUGAGCGUCGUGCCCGCCUGGAGGAGUCCCGCCGUCUCUGGAAGUUCUUCUGGGAGAUGUCUGAGGAGGAGGGCUGGAUCCGUGAGAAGGAGCAGAUCCUGUCCUCUGUCGAGCACGGCAAGGACCUGACGGGGGCCCUGCGCCUCCUCAGCCAGCUACGCGCCCUAGAGGACGAGAUGAGUGGCCGUGCAGGCCACCUCCAGCACACCAUCGCAGAAGGCCAGGCCAUGGUGGAGGCCGGCCACUUUGCCGCCACCAAGAUCCAGGAGCGUAUCGCCGACCUACAGGCUCAGUGGGCAGCACUGGAGCAGCUGGCAGCGGCGAGGAAGAAGAGGCUGGAGGAAGCUUUGGCACUGCACCAGUUCCAGGCUGAUGCAGAUGAUGUUGACGCCUGGACACUGGACGCCCUGCGCAUCGUCUCCAGUGGAGAGACUGGCCAUGACGAAUUCUCCACCCAGGCUCUGGUGAGGAAACACAAGGAUGCAGCGGCUGAGGUAGCCAGCUACCGCCCAGUCAUCGACUCACUACACGAGCAGGCAGCCUCCCUGCCUGAAGAGGUGGCCGGCUCAGAGGAAGUGCGUGGGCGGCUGGCUGGCAUCGAGGAACGCUACAAGGAAGUUGCAGAGCUGACCAAGCUGAGGAAGCAGGCCCUGCAGGAUGCUCUGGCGCUCUACAAAAUGUUCAGCGAGGCGAACGCUUGCGAGGUUUGGAUCGAUGAGAAGGAGCAGUGGCUUAACAGCAUGGAGAUCCCCGAAAAACUGGAGGACCUAGAGGUCAUUCAACACAGGUUUGAGAGUCUGGAGCCAGAAAUGAACAACCAGGCAUCUCGUGUUGCUGUGGUAAACCAGAUUGCCAGGCAGCUGAUGCACAAUGGUCACCCGAGUGAAAAGGACAUCAAGACCCAGCAGGACAAACUCAACAACAGGUGGAGCCAGUUCCGUGAUCUUGUGGACCAGAAGAAGGAGUCCCUGAACUCAGCUCUGGGAGUGCAGAACUAUCACCUCGAAUGCAACGAGACCAAGUCUUGGAUUAAAGAGAAGACCAAAGUCAUCGAGUCCACCCAGGAGCUGGGGAAUGACCUCACAGGGGUUAUGGCCCUGCAGCGCAAAUUGACCGGUAUGGAGCGGGAUCUGGCUGCCAUCGAGGACAAGCUAGGCGAUCUGCGAGGCGAAGCCCAGCGACUGGCAGAGGAGCAUCCUGAUCAGGCAAAGGCCAUUACAGGCCGCCUGGCUGAGAUCACUGCUGUCUGGGAAGAAAUGAAGAACACUCUGAAGAACCGCGAGGAGUCCCUUGGCGAAGCCAGGAAGCUGCAGCAGUUCUUACGCGAGUUGGACGACUUCCAGUCCUGGCUGUCCCGCACUCAGACCGCCAUCGCCUCUGAGGACAUGCCUAACACGCUGGCCGAGGCCGAGAAGCUCAUGGCCCAGCACGAAGGCAUCAAGAACGAGAUCCAGAACUACGAGGAGGACUACCAGAAGAUGCGGGACAUGGGGGAGAUGGUGACGCAGGGCCAGACGGACGCACAGUACAUGUUCCUGCGACAGCGGCUGCAGGCGCUUGACACCGGCUGGAACGAACUGCACAAGAUGUGGGAGAACCGGCAGAACCUGCUGUCCCAAUCCCAUGCUUACCAACUGUUCCUCAGGGACACAAAGCAGGCUGAGGCGUUCCUCAACAAUCAGGAAUACGUCCUGGCUCACACCGAGAUGCCCACCACUCUGGAGGGCGCCGAGGCUGCCAUCAAGAAGCAGGAGGACUUCAUGACCACCAUGGAUGCCAACGAAGACAAGAUCAAUGGCGUGGUGGAGGCCGGCAGGCGGCUGGCCAGCGACGGAAACGUCAACGCCGAGCGCAUUCAGGAGAGAGUCGCCUCUAUUGAUGACAGGCACAAGAAGAACAGGGAGGCUGCUGUGGAGCUGCUGAUGAGACUGAAAGACAACAGAGACCUGCAGAAAUUCCUGCAGGACUGCCAGGAGCUGUCUCUGUGGAUCAAUGAGAAGAUGCUCACAGCUCAGGACAUGACCUACGAUGAAGCCAGGAACCUGCACAGCAAGUGGCUGAAGCACCAGGCCUUCAUGGCCGAGCUGCAGUCCAACAAAGAGUGGCUGGACAAGAUCCAGAAGGACGGCACACUGCUGGUGUCGGAGAAACCGGAGACAGAGGCGGUGGUGAAGGAGAGGCUGUCGGCGCUCCACGCCAUGUGGGAGGAGUUAGAGUGCACCACGCAGACCAAAGCACAGUGUCUGUUCGACGCCAACAAGGCCGAGCUGUUCACACAGAGCUGCGCCGACCUCGACAAGUGGAUGGGUGGCCUCGAGGGUCAAAUCCAGUCUGACGACUAUGGCAAAGACCUGACCUCCGUCAACAUCAUGCUCAAAAAACAACAGAUGCUGGAGAACCAGGUGGAGGUGCGUCAGCGGGAGGUGGUGGAGCUGCAGAGCCAGGUGAAGGCUCUGGGUCAGGAGGUGAAGGACACUGACGAGGUUGAUGGCCGGAGGCAGCUGGUGGAGAGGAAGUUCCAGGAGCUGCUGGAGCCGCUGCGACGCCGCAGGAACUUCUUGGUGGCGUCCAGAGAGGUUCACCAGUUCAACCGAGACGUGGAGGACGAGAUCCUGUGGGUUCAGGAGAGGAUGGCUGUGGCCACGUCCACUGACCACGGACACAACCUGCAGACCGUCCAGCUGCUCAUCAAGAAGAACCAGACUCUGCAGAAGGAGAUCCAGG